AUGGCUCUGCGCUGCUGUUCCCUCCUAGGGCGCAAAGAGCGAGCGAAAUCGCAGCUAGCGUCGCUUUUGCGCGGCGCCGGCGCCGGCGCCUCCGCCGGUUCUUCACGUGGCGGGAGCAGCACUGGCGACGGUUCUCCCACCAGGAACCAUUUGAUAUACACGCACGAGCAUUUCGCCUUGAGAGCGUCUCUGAGAAAGAUUAUUGACAAAGAAAUUAAUCCAUUUGUGGACAAAUGGGAAGAAGAGGGACAGUUUCCGGCACACCAACUUUUUAAAUCUCUGGGGAAAGCGGGAUUUCUUGGAGUGAACAAGCCGACGGAGUAUGGCGGCCUGGGCUUGGACUUCUCCUACAGCAUUGCAGUGGCAGAAGAAUUGGGACAUAUCCGAUGUGGCGGUGUUCCCCUGGCAAUUGGAGUGCAAACCGACAUGGCUACCCCUGCCCUGGCAAGAUUUGGAUCCGAUGAGCUGAAAAGAGAGUUCCUUGCCCCAACUAUAGCUGGAGAUGUCGUGGCUUGCAUAGGAGUCAGUGAACCUGAGGCAGGUUCAGAUGUUGCAAGCAUCAAGACGAAAGCUGUAAGAAGAGGAGAUGACUAUGUUGUCAAUGGUGGCAAAAUGUGGAUUACUUCUGGGUGUCAGGCUGACUGGAUGUGCCUGCUGGCGAACACAAGCGAAGGCCACCCCCACAGAAAUAAAUCUCUUCUAUGUCUUCCGAUGAAGCUACCAGGUGUUCAGGUUGCAAAGAAGAUUGACAAGAUGGGCAUGAGAUCAUCUGACACGGCCCAGAUCUUUUUGGAAGACGUCCGUGUUCCCAGCAAAUACCUCAUUGGGGAGGAAGGAAUGGGCUUUUUGUACCAGAUGUUGCAAUUCCAAGAGGAGCGUAUGUGGGGAGCAGCCAGCACUUUGGCAAUGCUAGACAAUGUGAUACAAGAAACUGUUGAUUAUUCUCGCCAACGCAAGGCAUUCAACCAGCCAAUUCUUCAUAACCAGUCAGUGCAUUUUCGUCUGGCUGAAUUAAUGACUGAGGUUGAGCUCCUUCGUUCUUUGCUUUAUCGGGCUGUUGCUCUCUACAUACAUGGCAAUGAUGUGACCAAAUUUGCAUCCAUGGCUAAACUAAAGGCAGGACGUCUAUGUCGAGAGCUAACAGAUAGUUGUCUCCAGUUGUGGGGAGGAAUGGGGUUCACUAAUGAGGUGCUAGUGAGUAGAUACUACAGAGACUUAAGAUUGAUGUCAAUAGGAGGUGGUGCUGACGAAGUCAUGCUUUCCAUUAUAUGCAAGUACAUGGACAUCUUACCGAAGAAGUAACCCCAUGACUCCUACAGACCUUUGCUUACAUUUUAAUAAGCUACCUCAGGUAGAUUCUUUGAGUGGGGAAAGAAUGUGAAAUAGAGCUUUUCUAAGAGUCAACCAACCUGAGAUCUUAAAUGUUCAUGUUGAUAUCUAUAUCAUACAGCCACUACUGUAAACAAACAUACAUAGACACUUUACUAUAAGCAUUAUUGCCAAAGUUGACUGUCAGGGAUUCAGUCUCUUUUUGUGAAAUUUCUAAGAAAUCUUAAACAUGUCAAGAAAAUCAGUAUUAGCAUAUACAAAUUUAAGUGAAAGAAUGUGCUGAACCACUCAGCUGUGCAUACACUUCUAUUUUUUUUUACUUUGCCCCAGAAAGUUUUGCUGGAUCUGCUUUAAUUGUAAGUUAAUCACUUCAUUGUUUCUGAAUUCUAUGUAAUGGCAGGACCAGGUUAGAAUAUUCCCUAUCCUACCGUCAAGGGGAACUUCAACACGAACCUACCUUCUGAAAUGUCUGCAGGCAUCAUAUAACACCCUACUGGCUCCAGUGAUGUUUCUGUUAACUCUUCAUUUUGAAUAGCAAAGUACUGAUUGCACAUUUUAGUGUUUGCAACACAUAUCCAAGCUGAUCAAGAGUACUUUUUUAGGGUUGUUGGUGCAGCUGUUUUCAGCAUAGAAGCAAUGAAGGUGGUUAAUUCACAGAAUGCUGCAGACCACCACCUUGCACGUGUAAUAUAUGUGUGUACACACACACUUCGCCAGCGGAGCUCUUCCGGGUGGUCCGGGGGCUGCUAACAUCCUCCCCAGCAAAU